CCAGCAGCAGCAGCCCCAGCUGCCUGCGUUCAGCCCUCGCGCCCGGCCUCUGUCGCAGCGAGUGACGUUCGACUGGUCCAUUGACUUCGCGACGCUGCAGCAGCUGUACGCCGACUCGCGAGCCACGCGGUCGCUGCAGGUAGUCACCAGCGAGCCCGCCUUCUUCGGGGGCUUCCACUGGUGGCUGAGAUACGACCUGGACGCAUCGCAGCCCCCCGAGUAUCGGGAGCACAUGGGCCUAGCGUGCAAUGUGAAGCUGGCGGGGCGGAAACACAGCUUGCCGUGCGUCAAGGUGAAGGCCACGGUGUGCGCCCGCCAGGACGCGGGG